AUGCGGGACAACUUCAUUAUACACGGUUUACCCGAACAACAAAACGAAUCUUAUCAGUCAACCGAACACCUAGUCAAGACUUUCCUCAAAACUAACCUCAAGAUGGAUGACAACCUGGUCCAGCAGAUCGAUCUGGCACGGGCUCACCGGCUGGGCCAGCCACGUGAAGGAGCACCCCGAUGUCGUCCUAUCGUGGCCAAACUCCUGGACCCCAGGCACAAGGCUGUCAUCAUGCGGAGAGGCAAGGAGCUCAAGGGGACCAAGCUCGCCCUGAGCGACCAAUUCCCUCCAGAGAUCAUGAAGCGACGCAAACUUCUCCAUCCAGCCCUAGCCGAAGCGAGGACCGCGGGAAAGCGAGCAAGGCUGUCCAUAGAUAAACUCUACAUUGAUGGAAGACUUUACCGCAACUCUAAAGUCACAUACUGGCUCUCUGGUGGCGACGAGGCAGCCACACGUGAGUAA